UUUCACCGGGUGGUAAAAUAGCUGACUCGUGGGCUAUAUAAGACGUCAGCGACCCCCACACUACCAACUUGUCUCUCAACCUCAAUAUGAAGCUGCUAGUGUCCGUGGUGGUGGUGGCGUUGAUCGUCGGUGGUCAAGCUGACGUCCACUCCUCAUCUCAUUUCUCCUCAGGUGGAGCCCAUCAUGGGUCAUCAUUAUCCAGAUCUCACGGUGGGGGAUUCUCUCGUGGAUCCUCAUUUACCAGACCUCAUGGUGGGGGAGUCUCCCAUGGCUCUUCGUUUACCAGACCUCAUGGUGGGGGAGUCUCCCAUGGCUCUUCAUUUACCAGACCUCAUGGUGGGGGAGUCUCCCAUGGCUCUUCGUUUACCAGACCUCAUGGUGGGGGAGUCUCUCACGGCUCAGCCUUGUCCAGAUCUCACGUAGGUGGUUCAGUUCAUGGCAUUUCUGGUGGAAAUCAUGGGUCGUAUACCCCUCCAGCUUAUGGUGUGCCUCAUGGAAGUUACACCCCACCAGCUUAUGGAGGUCACCACCAUACUAGCUACACACCUACUUACACUCCCCCGAGGCCAAGCUAUGGAGGUCACCACCAUACUAGCUACACACCUACUUACACUCCCCCGGGGCCAAGCUAUGGAGGUCACCAUCAUGGAGGAUACACACCUACCUACACUCCCCCGAGGCCAAGCUAUGGAGGUCACCACCAUGGAAGCUACACACCUACUUACACUCCCCCGAGGCCAAGCUAUGGAGGUCACCACCAUGGAAGCUACACGCCUUAUUACACCCCACCAACCUACGGAGGAUACACACCCCCUAGCAAUACCUAUGGUGUACCACAUGGAGUCUACAGUGGGUACAGCGGUCCCCAUGGUUCAGCUGGAGGCUACGGCUAUGGUCAUUAAGACACUGAUAAAAAACCCACAAACAGGCCAAGACACAGGGCGAUCAUAACCACCACUGGAAAACAUUCUUGUACCUAAUCUCUGUAGUGUUAGAUAUUUAUUAUAUUUAUUUUUUGAAAUGCAUAACUCAAAUUUGAAUAAAAGAUGAAUAAUU